AACCGAUCAGCAGUAUACAAUCUGCUUAGCGCCAGCGCUGUCAAUACAAGCACCCCCUACUCUCCUACCAAGUUUGGGUCUCUCUCAAUCGGGCUGUUCGAGGCAGACUCCGGAACGAAGGCGAUACAACAGCUGGAUUUACAUGCAUUCCCUUCACGUUUUUCGUCUCAAAUCUAUUGGCCUUAUUUAUCAGCAUUAUUAUUAAUAUAGCUGCAGUAUGUGAAUCAAUGCAAACAAAUCUUAGUAAAAUAUCGCUAUUACGUUCAAUUUUUUUCUUUCAUGUAACGUAAUUUUAUUUUUUAUUUUACUAUCGGUAUAGUAUAACCCUGUUUGUUUUUGCUACCGAACAGAAGUAAUCUACUCUGGACAAUUGCAGAGCAUUCAUAAUAUACGAUUUGCAGAAAUUAACGAAUAAAUAUUAGUGUUGUAUCAUGACUAUAAAUAAAUACAAUUAUUGUGUUACUUAUCAGACAUCAACAAGACCGAGAACCAGUUAGCAGAACGGCUUGUUAGGGGGAAAAAAACACAUGACUGUCAUUUGUUAUUUGGUUCUACGUGAAUCAUUGUGUGUAAUUUCACAAGUAACUUGGAAGUGAAAUGACCAAGUCAAUUUCAGAAACUUGACUGAAUUAUCGAAACCAAGGAGCGAGACCUCACAAAAAGAAGAAAGGCCGGCAGCGGAAGAAACGUUAAUUAUUGUGUGUUUCGUUUUUGGUUGAUGUUUGAAGAUGAACACGGAAAAGGAUUUCUCCCCUUUGACCCCCAGCAUUGUGCGGGCCCUCAAUGACAAACUGUACGAGAAGAGGAAGGUGGCAGCCCUCGAGAUUGAAAAGCUGGUGCGUGAGUUUGUCGCUCAGAAUAACUCGACCCAGAUCAAGCAUGUGAUCCAGACCCUGGCGAUGGAGUUCGCCCUGUCCCAGCACCCCCACAGCAGGAAGGGGGGGCUCAUCGGGCUGGCAGCCUGCUCCAUCGCACUCGGCAAGGACUCUGGGUUGUACCUGAAGGAGUUGAUUGAGCCGGUCCUCACCUGCUUUAAUGACUCUGACAGCCGGCUGCGCUACUAUGCCUGCGAGGCUCUCUACAACAUUGUGAAGGUGGCGCGGGGAGCGGUCGUGCCACACUUCAACGUGCUCUUCGAUGGUCUCAGCAAGCUGGCAGCAGAUCCUGAUCCCAAUGUCAAGAGCGGCUCUGAGCUCUUGGACCGACUGCUGAAGGAUAUCGUCACUGAGAGUAACAAGUUUGACCUUGUGGCUUUCGUUCCUCUGCUGCGGGAGAGAAUCUACUCCAACAACCAGUACGCUCGCCAGUUCAUCAUCUCCUGGAUCCUGGUUCUGGAGUCUGUCCCCGGUAUCAACCUGCUGGACUAUCUCCCUGAGAUCCUGGAUGGGCUCUUCCAGAUACUGGGGGACGGCAGCAAGGAGAUCCGCAAGACGUGUGAAGUGGUUUUAGGAGAAUUCCUCAAGGAGAUCAAGAAGACUCCCUCCAGUGUCAAGUUUGCUGAAAUGGCCAACAUCCUAGUGAUCCACUGCCAGGGAUCAGAUGAGUCCAAACUGACGAACGACCUGAUCCAGCUGACGGCCAUGUCGUGGAUGCGGGAGUUCAUCCAGCUGGCGGGGCGAGUGGUGCUUCCCUACUCCUCGGGGAUCCUGACCGCUGUGCUGCCCUGCCUGUCCUUCGACGACCGCAAGAAGAGUACCAAGGAGGCAGCCAAUGCCUGUAACCACAGCCUAAUGAAGUUGGUGACUCCUGAAGAUGAUGUGGAGGAGGCUGGAGAGGGCAGUGAGCUGCCGCAGCAGGACAACACCCCUCCCCGGACACAGGACACCCUGGACAAUUCACUGAAUGCUUCACAAGAUUCAGUUGGCUUCAGCAACAUCAGCUUUUUCACGCUGGCCAGCCCGGAGAGGGCCCAGGUGACUCUAGACCUGGACGGGAUUGUGCAGGUUCUGGAUCGGCACCUCCAUGACCCAGCCACAGGAAUGAUGACCCGCAUCACUGUGCUGAAGUGGCUCUACCACCUGUAUAUCAAAACACCACGGAAGAUGUUCCGCCACACUGACAGCCUCUUCCCAAUGCUUCUGAAGACACUCUCCGAUGAAUCGGAUGAAGUGAUCCUCAAGGAUCUGGAGGUUUUGGCCGAGAUCGCCUCCUCUCCGGCCGGACAUUUAGACGCACCGGGGUCAUGUGACAGCUCCGACAGCAAAUCCGAGCUCCAGGUUCCAGGGUCGACCAAAUCGGUUCAGCCGAGCGGGUUUGGAUCAAAGGGGGCCGAUUGCUCCCCCUCCACCCCCAGCAUGAACUCCUACUUCUACAAGUUCAUGAUCAACCUGCUGAAGCGGUUCAGCAUGGAGAGGAAGCUGCUGGAGAUGAGAGGCACCUUCAUCAUCAGGCAGCUGUGCCUCCUGCUCAAUGCAGAGAAUAUCUUCCACUCCAUGGCAGAUAUCCUGUUGAAGGAGGAGGACCUCAAGUUCGCGUCCAUCAUGGUGCAGACCCUCAACACCAUCCUGCUGACCUCUGCUGAGCUCUUCCAGCUCCGGAACCAGCUCAAGGACCUCCACACUCAGGAGAGCUGUGCUCUUUUCUGCUGCCUGUACCGUUCCUGGUGUCACAGCCCAGUGGCCACCGUCUCUCUCUGCUUCCUCACCCAGAACUACAAGCACGCCUACGACCUCAUCCAGAAAUUCGGCGACCUUGAGGUGACUGUGGACUUCCUGAUGGAGGUGGACAAACUGGUGCAGCUCAUUGAGUGUCCCAUCUUUACAUAUCUUCGUCUUCAGCUGCUGGAUGUAGAGAACAAUCCCUACCUGAUCAAGGCCCUUUACGGGCUCCUCAUGCUGCUGCCACAGAGCCAGGCCUUUAUGAUGCUGUCCCACAGGCUGCGCUGCGUCCCCAACCCGGAGCUGAUGAGGGCUGUGCCCCAGAAAAAGCCUGCAGACUCAAGUAAAGCUGCCCCAGUCCACAUUGACUACGGGGAGCUGCUGCAGCAUUUCGACCAGGUCCAAAACAAACACCUGGCGGUCCGGCACCAGAGAGCAGGCCGGGCCGAGCACCCUGACCGGAAACUUGUGCUCUGAUUAAAGGAGAGGGUACCUGCCUGGGACCAGCCAGGCAACACAUCCCACUCCACAUGUCCAACUGUCCAACCCAGCAGGACAUCGGGCAUUCCUCAAACAUCAAGUCUGUGGAGUUGGGGGCCGGAGCCUGAUGCUGUCUCUGAACUGACUGAAAAACUACACCGCCCCCUGGACCAAACCCCCAUGGGAAGACUUUUUUAUUUUUAAAUUGAUGUGCGAUCUGUUUUAGAGCUCUUUACAGAGGUGCAGAAUCCAUAGGCCUGAAGAUCUGAGAACAGUGUUAUUUACUUUUGGUUAAUAAUAAGGUGCUGAAUGUGUGCUGACUUAGUCAAACGGCUUCUCCUCCACUGCCCCACAAUGCACUCUUCUGCGGGGGGGGGGGGUCCUUGUUGAAGUGUCUCUGCUGUCGGAUCAUGCGCCAAUCAGGGUGGCUUUGUUAAACUGGAAGUGAGCUGAACCUGCUCCUCCACAGGCUAAACUUGAAUAUUCUGAAAUACAGACUCGUGAGGGUUUUUCUAUGGUCCUGAGAACCGUUUGUUGUUUUUAGCAUGACACCCUGUCCAAUAUUAAACGCGCUUCUCCUCAUCCUGGCCUUUGAGCAGCAUGGAAAUUCCAUCACAUGAUUAUAAACAGGCUGUUUAAUUACAUUCAUUAUGACAGGUGUAAACUGUAGCCCUGAAAACGCAGUCGGUUCCACAGACUGCAUGAAGCAGGAAGUUAUUUUGAAAUGUCUUCUGUAGCCCGUAUACUCAUCCUGCAACAAUAUUCAAGUUCUGCCUAAAGUUCUUCUGCGGGAAGCUGAUGUUGACUGUAGUUUCACUGUCUCUCUACUUCCUUCUCUCCUGUUGAUCACUGUCUUAUGUAGUUUGUUUAUCCUUCCUCUUUCAGUGUCUCUCCUUUCUUGCUGCCUGUCAUCCCUUCUUGUUCUCUCUCUCGUUCUCUCUCUCUUGUUCUCUCUGAGAUGCAUGUUGCCUUAGAAUUUAUAUAACCCCUUUGUGAAACAGAAUGCACUCUGUAAUGCAGUGCAACUUGAAAUAAAAUAUGAACCGUGCUUUAUCAGUUUAUUCUAUAAAACAAAGUUGUUGGGUUUUACUUUCUG